CCAAUAACAACAUGGAAGGGAAGAAUCUGGGAUUCUUGGGAUAAACCAAAAGAAGAACGUUGGUUUUUAUUCAAAUUAGACUUUCUGUUAAUGUUUAUUGCAGGUUCUGGUGUUUUCUUAAGAUAUUUAGAUCAAGCAAAUAUCAAUAAUGCUUUUGUUUCAGGUAUGAAGGAAGAAUUGGAACUAUAUGGGAAUGAAUUAAACUAUGCAAACACUUGUUGGUCAAUUGGUUAUGCAAUCUCACAAAUUCCAUCAAAUUUAUUGUUAAGUAAAUUGAAACAUCCACAUUACUACAUUGCAUUCUUGGAAAUUUCAUGGUCUGUUUUAACUUUUUGUUCAGCUUCAUUCAAUGGUGCAAAAUCAAUGUAUGCCAUUAGGUUUUUCAUUGGUGUUUUCGAAGCUGGUCAUUUUCCUGCUGUGAUGUAUAUUGCUAGUUCAUGGUAUACCAAAUCUGAAUUGUCUAAACGAAUGUCUAUUAUUCAAUUCAACACAUCCACUGGACCUUUAAUUAGUGCUUUUUUGCAAACAGCGGCAUAUAAUGGUUUGAAUGGUACUCAUGGUCGUUCUGGAUGGAGAUGGUUAUUUAUUGUGGAUGGUAUUAUUUCGUUACCUUUAGCUUUGUUAGUUUUGUUCUUGUUACCUGAUAUUCCAAGAACUCAAAAUGCUGGAUGGAUCUUUACUGAAAAAGAGUUGGAGUUGGCAAAGAAGAGAGUACCACAAGAAGCUAAAGUUUAUGCAACUUUCAAGAAGAGAGAUAUCAAGAGUUGGUUAGGUACUUGGCAAUUAUAUUUCUUCAGUGUCGCUUUUGUGUUAGAAAGUUUAGCUGGGUUGCCAUCAAGUUCAUUACCCUUUUGGUUCAAGUCAUAUAAUACCAAGACUCAUACAGAAUUCUCUGUUGGUCAAAUUAAUAACUACUCAGCUCCAUUAUAUGGUAUCAGAAUUAUUGCUACAGUGAUAUUGGGAUAUAUCAGUGAUGGUGUCUUGAAGGGUAGAAGAUGGAUAGUUAUUGCAUUUAAUGGGGUUAUAAUGUUUAUUAUUGCCGUUGCAUUAGCUUCUAUUCCAGUUCAUCCAACUAACAGAGAAGGCCGUUGGGCCUUAUACUACCUUGUUGGUUUAUAUGCGAAUGGUGCACAAGCCUGGACCUGGGUGAAUGAAUCUACAUUAGGUGAACCUUCCAAAAGAGCUUUUGUUGGUGCAGUUAUGAAUGCAAUGUCUUAUGCGUUUACUUCUUUUGUCCCAAUUUUUGCAUUCCCAACACAGGACCAACCAUUUGUUACAAAAGGUAAUAUCAUGUGUGCU